ACAGAUUCUCGUUGCCUCGAGGAGUGCCAGAAACAGCUGCGAUCACUUUAUGAAACCAACAGCAAAGUCAAAAUCGUUCCGUGGGACCAAAGCUCUGCCGUUCAUAUCGAUGAAAUUUACACCCAGUUGUCUUGGCUUAUGGAUGAGAAGAAGCCCAGCGGACUAACACAAAAGGAACUUAAACACUACACCGAAAUUUUUGACGGCGGAAGACUUCAUCAUACGCCCAAGCGCAUUUUGGUUCACGGACGACCAGGUAUAGGCAAGACCGUUUUUACGCAGAAAGCUACAUUCGACUGGUCCCAGCACAGAUUUAAAGGAAAAAUAGGAAGAUUUGAUCUCGUACUUUUGGUCAAAUUACGCGAUGUUUGCGACCUCAACGAUGUCUCGGCCAUUCUGAACGAUGCUAAUCUUCUCGCGAGUGAUGGCCCAGUUUCCACUGAGAACCUGUACGAUUACGUUCGUCGCCACCAAGAAAACGUGUUGCUUAUUUUGGACGGCUACGAUGAAUACGUACACAGCGCAGCAAGCCAAUCACCUGUUCUUCAAAUCUGGAAGAGAAAGCAGUUGAGGAAUUGUUGUGUUAUUAUAACGUCUAGAGACAUGAAAGGAGAGGAAUUGAAAAGUUCCAGCGAUGCUCAAUUUGAGAUCGACGGUUUUGACCGUGAGCGACAAAAAGAGUUCGCUCGUAGAUUCUUGAAAGAUGAUCAAGAUGUUGAAGAGUUUUUUGAAUACUUGGUGCAGCAAGACCUGGAGGAUGUAGCAAAAAUACCUAUUGUACUUUUAAUGCUGUCUUUAGUUUGGAAAGAAAAGGAUCGUGAAGGACUACCUUCAUCACGGGUGAUGGUGUACUUCAAGUUUCUACAGACUAUGUUUAAUCAUAUGUCGGAAAAACAAAAAAAGCCGGCGGAAAAAGUUGACGAUCACAAACAAGAACUCUGUAACGUAGGAGAACUAGCCUUUGACGCACUUCUACAAGAUUUACUUUACUUUCCUCUCAGUGAACUGCCGGAUCACGUUUUGACUGACAAAUUGAUCGAAGCCGGGUUGUUUCAGCUGCUAAACAUGUCCACUCUUAACCCGUGCAAAGCCGUGCACUUCAUUCAUAAAUCCAUGCAGGAGUUUUUGGCUUCUUUAUUUCUAAAAGAAGAACUNCGGCCAUUCUGAACGAUGCUAAUCUUCUCGCGAGUGAUGGCCCAGUUUCCACUGAGAACCUGUACGAUUACGUUCGUCGCCACCAAGAAAACGUGUUGCUUAUUUUGGACGGCUACGAUGAAUACGUACACAGCGCAGCAAGCCAAUCACCUGUUCUUCAAAUCUGGAAGAGAAAGCAGUUGAGGAAUUGUUGUGUUAUUAUAACGUCUAGAGACAUGAAAGGAGAGGAAUUGAAAAGUUCCAGCGAUGCUCAAUUUGAGAUCGACGGUUUUGACCGUGAGCGACAAAAAGAGUUCGCUCGUAGAUUCUUGAAAGAUGAUCAAGAUGUUGAAGAGUUUUUUGAAUACUUGGUGCAGCAAGACCUGGAGGAUGUAGCAAAAAUACCUAUUGUACUUUUAAUGCUGUCUUUAGUUUGGAAAGAAAAGGAUCGUGAAGGACUACCUUCAUCACGGGUGAUGGUGUACUUCAAGUUUCUACAGACUAUGUUUAAUCAUAUGUCGGAAAAACAAAAAAAGCCGGCGGAAAAAGUUGACGAUCACAAACAAGAACUCUGUAACGUAGGAGAACUAGCCUUUGACGCACUUCUACAAGAUUUACUUUACUUUCCUCUCAGUGAACUGCCGGAUCACGUUUUGACUGACAAAUUGAUCGAAGCCGGGUUGUUUCAGCUGCUAAACAUGUCCACUCUUAACCCGUGCAAAGCCGUGCACUUCAUUCAUAAAUCCAUGCAGGAGUUUUUGGCUUCUUUAUUUCUAAAAGAAGAACUGUUAUCUCAAGAAAGUAAAAACAAUUCCCUUUUCAAAGUCGACUCAAUUGAAAAGAUCUUCAAGUUGAAUGAAGUUUUAAAAUUUGCUGCUGAAAUGUCAGAAGAAGCCGCGCGCGAGAUCUUGAUUCAUCUGUUGGGAAUGGCGGCGAAGAAAGACGGAGAGUACAGCUUCGACAACCAAACACCGUCAGUCGAUGAUUUGUCUAAUGAACAACAAAAUCUUUUAACUCUAUGUACACAGUUAUUCUUCUACUGCUCAGCAGACACGAGAACAGAACUUUUCUCCACUUUUCUUUCUAAUCUAGGAGGUGUUUUGUUAAUUUUAAAUCCUGACCAGCUGAAUAUUGCAGCAAAGGAAAAUUUUGUUAAAACUACCGCUUCACUUAUGUACAUAUUUUUCUCUUAUAGCGACCAGUAUACAGAGCAAAGUUAUAAUAAUUUAAUUACUUUAGUACAGCAAUUAAACGCUGUUAUAGUUAGUAGAACAGGAGAACAGAAAGCAUCAGAAUUUUUGAAUGUGUUUCAAUGGCGUAGUGUUGACGAGUUUUUUUUAAUGAAAGAAGAAAACAACACUCACCUUUAUUUUACUCAAAUUGUAAAAAAUGAUAACAUUCCUCUUCCAUAUAAAAUGGUAAAGACGUUAGUUAGUUUAGAAGAGACAACAAAGAAGACAAACAUGAAAGGUGAUGAGUCAAGUGAAGAGAGCAGCAGCAGCUGUUGUUCAAAGCGUCAUGGUCUCUCCAGGGUUCAGAGGAUUGACGCUUGGAAUGUGAACAGGUCGGAAGUGGAACUGAUGAGUCAGAUGAUGCCGUUUAUCACCGCUCCACACUGCAUAGGGAUUGGGGGUGAAGACGUUGAAGUGUUUGAUGCUGAGUUAACAGAGUCUCUACUGAGGAGCAUCCCAACAACACACAAACUGGAGAUAUUAUCACUCUGGAAUAUCAAUGUAACAUCAUCACCUGCUGUGGAGUUCAUCAGCAGAGUAUUCAAACAAGAUCUUCCAAACUUAAAGUUCCUCAACAUGUCAAGGAAUCCUCUGCUGGGUGCAGGAGUCGACAGCUUGAUAAAACAUCUCAGCUGCGCUCCUCACCUGAAGACACUGGCCCUUACAGAUGUGAAGAUGACUCCACAGCAGGUGAUGAAUCUCACAUCAGCUGUACAGCAGCACGGAAACAUCACUGAACUGUGGUCACAAUACCACGUAAGUUUUCCAAUUUUAUCGCAAUUUGUUUCUUUAUUCUUUGUUUACAGUUUAUUUCUACUCAGCUCUUGCCUUUCGCCAUUUUCCUUUCUUUGUCAUUUUUAUACUCGACAAAACACAAGAUUUGCUUUUGAAAUCACAUCACAAACUUUAGCAGAUUCAAAGAAUCAUUUCAAAUUCAUUUCUUUCAACUGAUUAAACUAACUCCAUAAAAUGUUUUAACUGAGAACGUUAAGAACAAGUAACUUAGCUGAUAUUAAAACAUGGAGUUGAACACAAAAGGAGAAAUUUCGUAUCUUCAAGCAGCCAUAAGAUGAUAUUAUUGGGUGAAAACAAGAACUUUCAGCAAAACAAAAGCACAUAAUUUCCACAGUAUUAAUUUCUGAAUCAAUUUUAAUUCAUACCUUUUCAUAAAAUAACAAACAACAAUCAUAAAAGCAAAUGAAAGCUGUUCAGUUCAUGUUCAAUUUAAACAAAUAAGCAAAGAGUAAACACAUUGAACUCACAUUUUCACAUUUACCAUCCAAGCCUCCUAUAAAAUCAGUUUAAGUCAAGUGAAGUUCCUUUCAAAGUCCAAAAAACAAACAAGUCUUUUUUAUAGCUGUUCUUUUGUUAGUUCUUGAGCGUUUCUUUGGUAAAUACUGGUCCUUGCAGUUCGGUGAAGCGUUGGUUUCUUAAAUAACAACCUGCACAAAAAAAUUGUAUCUUCGAGACAACGGUUGAAAGCAACACGGAAGAAAUUUUCCUUACAGGUAAACACUUCGCUGUUCUCCACUGUAUAGCAUAAGUGUCCAUUGCAUGAUUUUCAUCGCGUAAAAUACCAAGAACACUCGCCAUACAAAUCAAAUUCUGCGGAGCUUUGGGCUUUCGUGAAAUAUCCUAAUAAAUGAUGUUUCCUUGAGCUUCGAACAACUCCUUCGCAUAUUCCUGAGCAAAAAGAGAUGAAUCCCAUGUAACAUUUCCUUGAUGUUUUCUUAUUAAAUUUUGAGUUCAUCCUGAACAGUUUUGCCGUUGAAGAGCGAACUGAACAAACUACAAAAACAACAAACGAUGUCAUUCAAAGCCUGGUGACGUGGCGGCAGCUGAUUGGUUAAAUCCACCUCGGAUGAUUUUUCACGUGAUGACAUUUUCCCGCCUUUCGUUUUAUUACGUAACAAAUUCCCGCUCGAAAAAAAAAUCACGGUGAUCAGCGAAUUUUGUACGGCUGAAUGUAUUUUCAAAAGAAAAAAAAAAAGGAUUUGCUAAUUUUGAUUUUGAUUCCACUAUUUUGAAUGCGAAUUUCUUGUACGUGCGCCUUGUGUUUCUCUUUCCAAUGCCGCCGAAGGGGGAGAGGUACUGGGGGGUAAAUCGCCCUCCUCCCUAAAGUUGGUUUAAAAAUUGGCGACGGGUAACACUCGUUUCUUGAACUUAGUCGUAAAGGAAGUUUUUUGACCUUCAGCGCUUCGCCUCUACACCAAUAUACCAAACAAAGAAGGCGUAACCACCAUGUGUCUAGUGCAGUUCUGGCCUAUCUCUCUCUCUAUGUCACGCAACGCUGGAGAGAGAGGGUCCUCCCCCACAUCCCUUAUCAUCACGCAAGAGAAGUCAAAAUCUUCGCUUGGAAAAAUUUCUCCCAGCAAAUAACUGUAAAGACGCUUAAAAUAGUUUGUCAGUUGUUUUGAAAACAUUAACCUUGUGCUCGUAUAAUUUUUGACAAGGUGCCGGGUUCGAAUCCUGCUCAGUAGCCUUUCUUUUUUCCUUCUGUCUUUCUCUUUUUUGUUUCGUUUUCGUUUUUGUUUUGUUUGCUUAUUUGUUUUGUUGUUGUUGUUUGUUCAGUAUAUACCUUCUAGAGCAAAGAUAGUAUAUAUAUGGAUAAACAAUCUGAAUUACUAUCGUUUCCUACAAUUUUCACUCCUUUUUUAUCGCAAUAUAUUUUACAAAACUAAAACAGUAGCCACAUGCAGUCACAGACUGCCUUUUAUUAUAUAGGCCAAGUUUUGACUGUUGAUCUUUGCUUUCGGCACGCGAGGCUUGUUUUGAACUUAGUACAUCUCGUCAAAGUUGUUGUCAUAUUGGCAAUUGUCUUUCGUUGGUCAGUGUAAUCGCAUGGGACUUAAAAUGAAGGUUUUGAAAUGUGUACACGUCCACACUUUAUUAAAGGGAGAUGGGUUGUUUUAAGUAUUGUUUUGUAUUUUGUUGAAGGAUCGAAAAGGAAACCCCAAACCUGUUUAUAAAUGUCCAUCAGAGAACUACUGGAAAAGGCGGUACCCUGACCUCUUUCCUGAUUCAUCACCUGAAUCAGUGCAUGAAAAGGAGCAGGUUAGUCAUCACUCAACUACUUUUGUGAAAGUUUAUUUAUUAAUAUUAGUAAGACUUUCAGUGUUUGUGUGA